AUGGACCGACGCGAGAUAGAUGAACUAUUCGGAGCGAUCAGUUCGAGCUCGGAGUCCGAAGCGAGCGGGCCUACUCCCGCACCACCGACCACGACGCCGCCGACGCCUGCUCCCGCCGAGUCGCCUCCUGCAACCCCGAGUCCAGGACGGCCGCGACGUCCGCCGCGCCCGGGAACGUCGGUCCAACGAUCCGUCCGGACCAACCAACGGAAGGCCGUCCUCCUGGCCACACCACCGGAGGUAAAGCCGCGCCACCGCGGAAGGGUCGCCGCCCUGGUCAAGCCUCGACCUGACACCAGCCGCCCACCGGCCGCCAAGCCCAGCAUCAAAGCAUUGACUUCCCGGCCGCCGACUACCGGGCCGCCUACUCACCGUCCGAUAACCGCCGGACCACGAACUACCCGGCCUGCGACCGCCAGACCGCCUACUGCCCGGCCUACGAACAUCGGCCCGCCGACUACCCGGCCCACGACCGCCGGCCCAGCGAUCGCCCGACCUGUGACCGUCGGAUCGGCCUACCGCCCGGCCUGCAACCACCGGACCAUCCACGCCCGCCGGACCACCCGCCACCCGACCGGCAACCACCCGACCGCAGACCGCCAGGCCACCUAUCGCCGGGACCAUUCCCGUCCGCCUAGGCGACGGCACCGUGGUCGAGGUCCCCGCCGGAUCGGUCAUCAUCGGGCGGAGAUAUAA